AUGAAUCAACAGACUCUAGCUCUCUCUAAGGUCAUGAGGCGUGGCCGACCAUUUGUCUUGAAUCAUGUACUGAGCCAACAUCGCUUGACGUCUUCGUCUAGUACUAAGGACUCUGAGGGCAAGUCCGCCAAUGUAGUGGACACUGCGAAAAAGAAAGAAGCCUUUAAGAAGCUGAAGAAGACCCACAAGAGCAUGGCCGACGCUGACGAGGAAAUGCGGCAAGCUAUGGAGAAUCUGGCAGGAGAUGGGGGAGAAGCUGGACUCGAGCUCGAGGACGGCAAGCCUGUUGCCAUGAAGAGGGGUGUUCGAGAGAACAUGUUCAGAUAUAUCUGA